CUAUCAGUAGCGAGGGCAAGGCUGGGAGAAGGCGGGGCCGACCCUGUCAGUGAUGAAUGAAUCAGACCACUUUCCGGAGUUACUUGGACACUAUCCUGUUAGCUUAUUGUUAGCUUGUUGUUAGCUUCGUGGCUACUACUCCGUAUCUAGAUAGUCUCAUUUUGGUGGCGGUCGGAGCUGAAGCCGCCGGCCCGUCCAGCCCAAUCUGUUUCCCACCUGCUGUUCCUUUUGUUCCCCACCGUCUUCCUUCUUCCUCGAGGGAUUCCCCUUCGUUUGCAGUUGAUUGAAAAUGGAUGAGAAGGACGACCAUCUCAAGGAAGCGGAGAUUACUGUCCAUUCCGCGAGCCCCGUGGAUGAUUCCGACCCCCGGAAUUGGUCGUCCACGUACAAGUGGUCGAUUGUGAUCCUGGUGGCUGCCCUGAGUGCUGUAGUUCAACUGUCUACCAUCAUCGCAGCCCCCGUCUCCCCUUCCAUCCUCGCCCACUUCCACUCCGACAAUGCCCUCUACCGCACCCUCAUCGUUUCCAUCUGGGAACUGGGCGAAAUCGUCGCCCCGUUACUAUGGGGCCCUCUCUCCGAGCUGUACGGCCGUCACUGGGUCCUGAACAUCGCCAAUAUCCUCUUCGUCGCCUUUCUGGCCGGCAAUGCCGCCAGCACCAACAUCCAAAUGCUGAUCGCGUUCCGCUUCCUCAGCGGCUCCGCAACAGCAGGAUCAACAAUCGGCCCCGGAAUCGUCAGUGAUCUCUGGCCGGAGGAGAGCCGAGGACGUGCAAUGUCGAUCAUGAGCAUGACAGGUGCGCUUGGACCUGUCAUCGGACCCAUCAUCGGGUCAUACCUGAGCCAAAAAGCAGGAUGGCGAUGGGCCUUUUGGCUACCUACCAUCGCUGCCGGCGUUCUCUCCAUCCUCUUCGUCAUCAUAUACCGUGAAACAUACAGCGUCACCCUCGCGAAGCGCAAAGCCGGUACCCAGCCUAAGGAUGGCGACGAAACGGCCGGACAAUUGUUCUUCAAUACGAUUCUCCGUCCGCUUCGUCUGCUCAUUCGCUCUCCCAUGCUCAUUCUCGUAACGAUUUACCUCAGUGUAGUGUACGGAUUCACCUACCUGAUUAUGACUAACAUUGCUCCUAUCUUUCAAAUCCUUUACCACUUUUCUGAGGGCGCCUCAGGUCUGUGCUUCCUCGGUCUGUGUCUUGGUCUCGUUCUAGGAGCGUUUCUAUGCAGUUUCCUGCUAGACCAUUAUCUCCGUACGGUCCGGGCAAAGUCAACCAUUUCGACUCCCGAACAACGUCUUCCUCCUGUCCUCAUCGCAUGUCUGAUCAUGUCCAUUGGCUUUAUUGUCUUCGGAUGGACAGUCCACUUCCACGUACAAUACGUCGUCCCGAUCAUCGGGACCGGGAUCAUUGGGUUUGGUCUCGUGGCUACUACCAUCACGCUGCAGACGUACGUCGUUGACGCGUUUGGAGUCUACGCCGUUAGCGCUACCAGCGCGAUGCUGGUUCCGAGGAACGCUUGUGCGGCGUUUUUGCCUCUUGCGGGAACACCGCUAUUCAAUGCUUUGGGGUAUGGUUGGGGUGGGACACUGUUGGGAUUGGUGGUUUUGGUGUUUUCGCCCAUGCCGGUUGCGUUCAUGUGGUUUGGGACGAGGUUGAAGGGGAGGGACUUGGGUGAUGUUUAGGUGGUUGUUGUCAAGCCGAGUCAAGUCAAAUCCAAGUCCAGUCAGAAUCCAUUGGCCUGAUGAAUCCCGCUAAGUGUGUUGCGAGCUAUGUAGCCGCCACCCCUUUGAUGCAAGAAUGUGAAGUCAAACCGUCGUAUCCCAUGAAUCCCACAUCUCGCAGUAUGAAACCACACAGAAGCCACGUGUAUAGGAGGAUAAAGCUAAACAGAACUCUAAAUGAUCUACAACUAAUCAGCCAUCCCCGUCGACCUAUCCUCCUUAUCCUCCUUCAUCUCGGUAAA